AUGUUUAGAAUAAUAACUUCGUUUUUAGUUUUAACAUAAGUUACAACCUAAUAAGUUGUAUUACAUUCUAGCUCUUUCACAGAUAAAAAAUUUACUAGCUUAGAAGGUUUCUACCUACAUUAUAAUAGACUGGACUAUAUAUCCUGAGAAUCCACUAAAGAUUGGAUAUGGCUCAGUAUCAAUUGAUGAUGAAGAUUAUGCUGGUUUAAGAUCAGUAGUAGGUAGAAGAGUCAGAUUAGGUGGAUUGGAUGCAAUAUUUAAGACUUUUGAUAAUAUUCAGCCUCAUUCUUCCUUAAUUAUUAAAGGAAAAAUAUUGAUGUUUUAUCAUUGUUUGAACUUAGGUUUAAUUUUGGUUAAGGAGGGACAGCUGUAGCAGAAAUCAAAGCUGAUGGAGCAUCGAUUUUAUUAAUAGAUGGAACAUUUAUUUAGACUGACAUCUAAAAGUAAUUUAGUUUUGAAGCAAACUUUUAACAUUCAACAUCUUCCGUUUUAAUUACAUUUAAUACUUAUGCAAAUAGAGAUUUUGAAGUUAAAUAUAUUAAUUAGACUAUUAGAGAUUGACUAUUGGAUUUCGAGAAUUUGAAUUAUAUUACCGAAAAUGUCCGGAGGGUUGUGCAUACUGUUAGAUUUAAGAUAAAAGUCCAAGUGAUUGCAAUUUUUGGAUUAUGGAUCAUAGUUCUUUAUCUGAUAAUAAUUAAUUAAAUGAUGGUUGGUCAAUUAAUUCAAAUUAAUAUUCUAUGGAUUAUUGCUAAAGUUUUUAUUUAAUUAUUCAAUUUAGAUGAUAAGAAAUUAAAUCUAUUUGGAUUUGCAAAAUCAAAGGAAUCAAUAGAAAAAACUUUUUUUCUUUAACCUCAUUAUAAAAUAUUAAUUUAAUUUAAACAUAUAUUAUUAGGAGCAGAUUUUAGUGCACUUACCUUCUGGAAUUUAGAAUUAGAUGGUACAAUUGUAAUGGAAAUAACUUAUCUCACAUAUUUAUUGAAUACAUAGAUAUGUUCAUUUCAUAAUCCAGCAAGUUAUGGUGAUAAUAUAAGAGAAAUUAAAUAUUCUAGAUCCCAUUAAAAUACAACUAUGAAAAUUAGACUUUUUGCAGCAGGAACUUCUACAUUAAAAGUAUCAAGAUGGUCUAUUAGAAAUUUUAAUAUUUUUAUUUAAAAAUGUCAUCCUGAUUGUGAAGAAUCCUGUAAUGGACCUAAAAAUACUUAAUGUUCGAAAGUUCAAUAUUAAAAAUACAAUGAAUUUAUAAAUUAUUUUACUGAACCAUUAUUUACUGAUAUAAUUAAAUGGUAAAUAAUAAAUCCAAUUAUGCCAAAAACACCUAAUAUAUGUGGUGGAAUAUCAUUAUUUGGCGGAUAUUUAUAAUUAGAUGGAAAACAUUAUAUUUAGAGAUUAGUAGCAUUAAAUGUUCACAAAACACUUUAAAUAUAAUUUAAAUUUUAUUAAAUUGACAUUUUUAACAAUGAUAUUUUAUAUGUUGUUGUUGAUGAUCAAAUAAUCUAUUAAACAACUUUAGAACCUGUCUUUGAUAAAUCUAAAGCUAAUCCUAUGUGUGGUAUAUUUGAUGAUUUUGAAAUUGUACUUAAAAUCUCCACUCCAGUAUUCUAACAUACAAAGAAAUAAUCUAUAAUCUAAAUCUAUACUAAUUAACCUAUUUCAUCAUCAGGUUAUUGGGGAAUUAGAGAUUUUAUAUUACUAUAAGAUUCUAAGACUUUUAUAUCUGAAUUUAGAGAAGCAAGAUUUUAGAUAUCAGAUUGGUUAAAUUUUUAAUGGAAAAUCACUGAAAAACUAUCCUUAAUUGGAACCUGUAAAAAUCUUAAUUAUAUUGGUGGAGAUAAUGGUUUAAGUUAAAAUUCAAAACUAAGAAAUUUAAUAGAAAAUUUACCUCUUCAUUCAAAAAUUAGGAUCUAAUUUACCUUAAUUAUUAAAUACACAACUAUAACCAAUGAUUUCAUUUAAUUUAUUUAUUCUGUAGACGAUAAUCCAUUAUAUACCAAAAAGAAUAUUAAAUUAAUAGCUGAUUAAUAUUGUGAAACUAGUUUACAAAAUAGUAAAGCCUUUACUUUUGAUGAAGUUUUUAGUCACAAUGAUAACAGUCUACUAUUGUUUAUGUGGAUGGAAAAUCUAACUAAUGAUAGUUUUUGGGGUAUAAGAGACUUUUAUCUUUCAUAUUCUGAAUUAUGA